AGUUCCACAUUCACUACAAUCACAUAUUGAUAACUGCAUUGAGACAUGUCUCCAAAACAACUAUGUUUAAUUCGUCACGCCCAGGGCUAUCACAAUCUCAACCUGGAAGGCCACAACAUCCACGAUCCUACGUUAACUACAGAAGGCGAACGACAAUGCAAAAAACUGGCCUCACAGCUCGUGGACAUGGACAAAAUCGACUGCAUCGUCGCCUCCCCACUAAAACGCACUUUAGACACCGCAUUAGUUACUUUCCGCUCGUUACUCGAUUCUAAACCUGAUUUACGCAUCAUUGCAUUGCCGGAGUUACAGGAAACUGCCAACAUGCCCUGUGACACUGGCUCGUCGGUUGCGGAACUACGGCGAGAAUUUCCUAAGGAGCCGUUAGACCUGUCGCUCGUAGGGGAGUCCUGGACGGACAAAAGUUCUGGCCCGUUUUCGCCACGCAGCAAGGAUGUUGCUGAGCGGUGUCGCAAGGCUCGUUGCUUUCUAAGACAGCUAGAUGCAGAGAAUGUGGCUGUUGUUGCGCAUGGUGCCGUACUGCACUAUUUAACGGAUGACUGGCAGGGGGCCACGUCGGGAGUUGGGACGGGAUGGGCUAAUGCAGAAUCUCGUGUGUAUCAGUUUGACGAGUCUUCAGAGCAGAGUGUGGCUGGUGCAAUGCUCGUCGAGACUGAUGACUCGAGAGCGGCGAGGACACUGACUGAACAUCGACUUCCGCCGGCUGCGCAGGCGGCGCUGAAGAAAGAGGCGGAGAAGAUGUGGGUGACGCAGGGGUUCAUUACCCUUGAUAAUGGGGUGAAAGAGGGAGAGAGUGAUUCGUGAGAGAGUUCGACUUCGAUCGGUAUUGAAGAAAUUGGCAUUUCGGGCGUACAUGCUAAUGUGCACAGUUACAGUGAGAUACAUUUACCGAUAUACCAAACGACGGAAAUUUAGAUCGUAGAUUUUGUGUAUGAGCUAUUUGAGCUCUCGCGCCGCAGUUUUCAUGUCAGAGUUAGCUAGGGAACGGAAUGUUAUAGGGUAAGGGAGUUAUCGGGCUGUUCACUCGUCCAAGCAGGGAAUCUUCAAUAAAUUAGAGACGUGGGAUAGAUCGGGAGUGAGUUUGUUACGCGUUUGUUUUAUCUUGUUCAAAGCGUUAGAUGGCAGGUGUUGGAUAGACCUUGAAUUUUAGAAAGCGC